AUGGCCUCUACAUCUCCCUUCUUUUUGUCGUUGAUAUUGGCAUUGCUCCUUACAUUAGUCACUGCUGUGGCUCCCAUUGUCGAUGUGUCCUAUAGCAGAUAUCAGGGAAAGGACAACGGGAACGGAGUCACAAGCUGGCUCGGUAUGAGAUAUGCGGCGCCUCCUAUCGGUGAUCUGAGGUUUAUGCCUCCUCAAGAUCCCAUAAGGUCGCGUCAAGUCAAAGAUGCAAGAAAGUUCAGGCUCAAGUGUGUCGGCUUGCAAGCAAGGCCGAGUUUGAUCGGUAAAUCGCAAUCAGAAGAUUGCCUAUUCAUCAAUGUCUUUGCACCUACAGAUGCUGCCAGAAUGGCCAGGCUUCCGGUCUAUGUCUUUAUUCAGGGAGGCGGCUUCAACGGCAACUCAAAACCUCAUGUCGAUGGUACUGGGCUCAUACAAGCAUCUGGCAUGAAAAUGAUCGUUGUGACACUCAACUAUCGAGUGUCAGUCUUCGGCUUCUUGUCUUAUGGCGAUAAGGUGCAACCCAACAUCGGCCUUCUUGACCAAAGAAAGGCAUUGCAGUGGGUUCAAAAAUAUAUCUCCAGGUUCGGAGAGCUAUAA